CCACAAUGUUUUCACCGGGACUGAACUCGCUCUUCUCCGGACUCUCCAUGGCCGCUUGAUCCGAACCCGAACCCCCGAACCGCUUCCUCCUCCGGGACCGCCACGCAAACUUUUCUCCCUCUUCCUCCCCGGGAUAAACCUCUCGUCCUCCGGGUGGGUGUUUUAUGUCCAGGACCCAGCGAGGAUGCAGCCCCCGCCGAGGAAGGUCCGGGUCACCCAGGAGCUGAAACACACUCAUGCCGAGCAGAUGAGCAGAUUACAGAUCAAACAUCAGGCAGAAUGUGACCUCCUGGAAGACCUGAGGACUUUCAGCCAAAAGAGGGCAGCUGUAGAGAGAGACUACGCCCAGGCGCUGCAGAAACUGGCAAAUCAGUAUCUGAAGAGGGAAUGGCCCGACAGUCUGACCGGGGAACCAGAUGACCACAGGAACAUGUAUUGUGUGUGGAGGGCCUAUCUGGAGGGCACAGUGCAGGUCACCCAGUCCAGGAUCAGCACCUGUGACAACUACAAAGUCCAGGUUGCCGAUCCGGCCAAGACGGCCCGACUGCAGAAGGAGCAGCAGCUGAGGAAGUGCAUCGAGCAGCUGACGGUGGUCCAAGCCGAGCUGCAGGAUUCCGUGAAGGAGCUGACGAAGAGCAGGAAGAAAUACCAGGAGAAUGAGACGAUGGCACAGGCUGUGAGAGAGAAGGCAGAGCUGGACGCCAAGUCAAAGUUAAGUCUUUUCCAGUCCAGGUCCAGUCUGCAGAGAGCGAGCGUGAAGCUCAAAGCCAAGAGGAGCGAGUGCAACUCCAAAGCCACCCACGCCAGGAACGACUACCUUCUCACGCUAGCAGCCGCUAACGUUCACCAGCAGCGCUACUACGACACCGACCUCACGGACUGCAUCAAGGUGUUAGACGGCAGAAUUUAUGAGCAGGUCAAAGAUUACCUGGUGUCACUGUCUCAGACGGAGCUGGAGACCUACCAGGCGGUGCACAACACCUUCAACCAGAUCUUGAGCAGCUCAAAUGGGGUUGUUCAGGAGUUUCACCAGCAGCUGUUUGCAGAGAAGAACCCGAUGUUUCAAAAGGCUCCGGACUUCUUGUACCAGCCCAGCGACACAGAUACGGUGAUGCAGCUGAAGAAAGAGAGCGGCACGUCGGAGGAGCACGGCCUGGACAAGGAGGCGAGGAAGUGGGCGAGCCGUGUGGCCCGAGAGUACAAGAGCAUCAUCCACACACAGCGGGCUCUGGAGGAAUAUGGGACGCAGGAGCCGUCGGAGCAGAACAACAGUGACAUGGAAACGAAGAUGGAGGUGGCCAGACAGAGUCUUCGGAGGGCAGAGACGGUGAAGGUGAAGGCGGAGGCUCGUCUGGACCUGCUGCGAGAGGCGGGCGUCACCGUGGAAACGUGGCUGAAGAGCGCCAUGAACCAGGUGAUGGAGGAGCUGGAGAACGAACGCUGGAACAACCUCAACACCCACGACCCUGCACUCUCCGGGACGGGAGACCUGGAGCCCGAGGACGAGGAGGAGAUGGAGGACAACAGUGAAGUGUUGGACGACAGCAGCUCCAGUCCGUCCAGCACCUUGAAAAACUAUCCUCUCACCUGCAAAGUGCUCUACUCCUACAAGUCGUCUCAGCCGGAUGAACUGACCAUUGAAGAGCAGGAGAUCCUGGAGGUCAUUGAUGACGGCGACAUGGAGGACUGGGUCAAAGCCAGAAACCGCAGCGGACAGGUCGGCUACGUCCCAGAGAAAUACCUGCAGCUUCCUUCCUCCAACAGCCUGCUGAGCAUGCUGCAGUCCCUGGCUGCGCUGGACGCCAGAUCCCACUCCUCCAGCAACUCCACCGAACCGGAAACCGAGCUGCCGACCGGCUCCGUCAACGGAGACUCCAGCGUGUCGUUUGCGAAGGCCUUGUACGACUACGCGGGUCAGACGGAGGACGAGCUGUCGUUUCCCGAAGGCGCCAUCAUCCGCAUCCUGAGCAGAGAGACGCACGAGGACGACGGCUUCUGGGAGGGAGAGUUCAACGGCGUGGUCGGCGUCUUCCCGGCCGUCCUGGUGGAGGAUCUCACCGCCGGCAGCGAGAACGGAGACGGGAAAGGAGACGGCAGCGCGCAGGCGUCGCCCUUGUCUCUCCCUCUGGGGGAGCGGUCCCCUCGCAGCCCCUUCCAGCCGGGACCCCUCCACAGCAGCCCCCUGCAGACGCCCACCACGCCCUCCCCCCUCGCCAGCCCCAGCAGCGCUACCGCCUCUCCCAUUGGCCGACCCCCCGCCUAUCACAACGGACAUCACAGGCCGCCGCCGGCGCCGCACAAAAGCCCCUUUCAAAGUCCAGCACAAGGUUCCCCACAGCCCCCCCACUACCCCGAGAGCGGAUCAGGCACCAUUCGACCUGUCCGUGCGGCUCCUCCGCCCCCGAAGCAGCACCCCCGUGGGCAGGUGAAGCGGAGGGAGGACGUGGAGAUCACGCUGGUGUGAAGACGCCCCCCCGGCUCUCAACACACUCCCAAAGGAAACUCAUACCUUCUCUAAAGACGCCCCCUGUAGGCGGGGAGAGGCCCUGCACUCUGUCCUCACCGGGUCAGUGAGCUGCGGAGGAGUAUCGUGCCUUUCUUUUCUAAAUCUCUUCUCCUUUUUCAGUUUUUUCUCAUUCCUCCUCCUCCUCCAUCACCCAGGAUUUGUCUCAUAUUUGAAAGGGGCGGAUAAAUAAGAACAAUUUUAUAAUUUGAUUUAAUAAAUUACACAGGUUCUUAUCUUCUACCAGGACACAAAUCAUUUUUCAGAUUUCAGUGAUAAUUUGCAGAUAAUGUUACUAAAUGUGAGAAACUCUACGCAGAAAGAAAACUACAGUAAAACUUAUUAUUUUAAGAAAGUAAUAUGAAUGGAUUUGGACGGUUUCAGAUCAGACGGUCGAUGCCACUGCGAUGUCGUGUGUUCGGUACGAAGCUCGAACCAGGAAGACGUUAGUUUGAUGAUUUCUCUUCAUACCAGCAUUUAAACAACAAAACUCACUGGGACUCACAGAUGUGUUCAGAUGUUUGAGGGAACAAAGAGUUCAAGAGCCACAAAAAACAGAUUCAGAGGAAAUAUUAUAAGAUAAACUACUGCUCCACAAAUAAACUAAAAUAGUUUUCUACUUAAAGUUAUGAGACAAGAGUCGAUGGGACAAACACAUCUGUUGGAUCUUGUUCUUUUACUAACUCAGCUGAGCAGCUUUCAACAAAGAUAUCCGAGUCGUCAGUGGCUGAUUCGUUAGAAUUUGACUCUGUGUCGAAUUAAUUCAGGAUAAAGUUUCAACACAACACGCUGGUGUCUGGGAAAGAUUCUGCGUCUCGUUACUCUGAAGCAUGAGCGCUGUGUCGCUUCAGUUUACCACAAGAUUGUUGUGAUUACAUUUUUUUAUAAUGCGUAGAAAAUCGUCUCUGUGAGAAUUUCCAACUGUCGUGCCGUGUUUUUUUAGGGUCCGAUUUUUUCAUCGUCUUACUUGUGCCUUAAACGACGCAGCCUCCUGCAGUGUUUUAACGUGCAGCUGCUUUUGAUCGGAAUCCUUUAUCGUGAACUCACUGGUCACAACCAGAAUCCACAGAUCCACACGGCUCUGUGCAGCCAGGCCUCAUCAGAACGAGUUCCUUCUUCACGAUCAACCAUGAAACCAAACCAGCAAUCGAGGAAUUUAUAAUGAACACAGCCUCGCUAACCGUUCCCCCCUGUUUCCAGUCUUUACGCUAAGCUAAGCUAAUCGUCCUCCUGGCUGCAGCUUCAUAUUCAACCGACUAACAUGAGAGUGGCAUCGAUCUUCUCGUCUAACUCUUGGUAAGAAAGGAAAAAAUUACAGAUGUUAUAAUAACGAGAUCUGUAUAAAAAAAAUAUAAGGAAAAUUAUAUUAUUAGUAAUAAUAAUAUUGUAAUAUCUCACAGGCGGUUUUCUCUCUCUUAUUGAGACUCCUCACAAUUGGAUGAUUAUUGAUUCUAUGCAACAGAGUUGAUAUCUGGGCCGGACGACAGCAUGUUAUGAACGUGCAGCUUCAACACGAACCAAACGUCCGGUCGUCUCCACACUCCGAUCAAACACACGCCAGCGGCGGGCGAGGCUGGUCCUCCCCCCCCGACACGUGAGCUGGGACCGCACACGGUUACACAAACAAGGGAAAAGUGGCAAUUUUAGUCGAGCGAUAGAAAAGUCUUGAUCGAGAAUAAUAGAUCCUUUUUGCAUUUAAAUUUGUAGAACUCUGCUUAUUGUUGUUGUUGUUAGUUUUCUUUGCACCAACAUGCUCGGAGACGCCUGAAGGGAGACGUGGUGCGAACACACACAGUCUAACUUUGUUUUUUGUUUGUUUUUUUCCUCUUGUGUUGUUGGGAUGUUGGCAACUCCAACGUUUCCAGUAAUGUUUGACUGGUGGUCGGUGGAGGAGCAGUGACAGUUAACACUGAGGUAAUGUGCAGUUUGAACACGCCUUUAUUUUGGAAGGAGGAAACCAUCCUGAGCUGCUAGCUAGUCCAAUUUAAAAAAGAAUCUAUACUGUCAUAGUGAAGCACUUUCUGACGUCUUCUUAUUCCUUUUCAGUAUUGUGGAUGCUACGUUGUUUGUCCGAUAUUUCUCGUUUGACGUUCUGUUUACCAGCUAUAUUGGUAUGAAUACUUUUUCUUUUAUCGGCUCUUGUUAUUUAGCCUUAAAUAGCCAGUGUAGUGUCUUUGAUUGAGGUUGAGAUGUGACCUUUAUGAACGUAUUGUUUCUUUGAGAUAUUAAUAGUUUACAGAGAGCUUGGAGAUGGAUAUCUGAACAAAUAAUAGCACAGCUUUUGUUUGUUGUUUCUUUGUUUCUUUUAAUUUUGUUUUACUUUUUUAGAUGUAGGAUAAAGACUUAUUAAACCGCAGUCGGAUUCGAUCAGAGGAAAAGAGAGAUAUCUGUCAGCCACGUUGCUGUGUUCUCGUUGAUCUCCUUGAGAUCUGAAUGACAUCAAACUUAUUUUUGAAGUUUGCAUUUACCCUGUUGUAUUAACAAAUGAAUAUUAUAAAAGUUAAAAAAAGAAAAGAUCUCUUUUUCCCAACAGAGACGUUGUUUUUGUUUGUUAACUUGCUACUGGUCCUGAUUCCACGUUAAGUCUGAAUCAGAAAUGUCAGCGUCAAACUGCCCAUGGUUUUACAAUGUAAGCUCUGCAGAGGCUGUCGAGUGUCAUAUUUACACACCAGUGGAUGUUUAUCUGUAUUUAUUGUGUACAAAUAAAUGUGAAAUAAAGAUAGCUUACAUGAAAGAAA